GUGAACUUCAGCAAGAUGACCCAGGAGAACAUGGUGAGCGGAGGCACUCGCGAGAUCCGACCGCCGCAUCGUAUGAAAGCGCCGGGUGCUCCCAUCCGCGAUGCCGACGACAAGCCCCUCGAGCCCGGCCCCACCAUUUGCAUCAAGGUGCCUGAGGGCGCUGCUGGCUCAGUCAUCCAGGUGCCCCACCCGAAGGUAAAAGGCCAGUUCUUCGAGGUGAGGGUGCCGGAGGGCGCACGCGCCGGUCAGCCCAUGCUGGUGCCA